AUGUCGUAUAAUCAUUAUGCUUCUAAUUAUAAAAUCAAUUUGAAAUGGAACAAGUCACCAAAUUCUCAUGAAUCACCACCAUCUCCAGGUUCAUCAAAAGGCUCUCACUCAUCAUCUGCACAAACCACUCCAUCAAUAAGUGAUGACUCUUCACCUUCACAAUUAUCUUCGUCUUCUAAGAAUAGUCUUAUAGCUGGACUCGUGGUUGGAAUUGGGGUACUAUUAUUGUUAUUGAUAAUUAUAAUAGUUGUUUGCACUAAGAAGAAGAAGAAAAACAAGAGACACAUGCAAAUGCAAUAUUAUGGAGAGCCUUCUCAAAAAGGUAGCCAACAACAAUAUAGCAGCCAACAUGCCCCUUGGGGCACAGGCCCUGGCCAACACCAAGACAUGAACUACUCUGGUCCAACGGGGAUGUCCUCAGGACAAUGGGGGCCAGCAAUGCCGCCCCCGCCCCCGCCUAUGAUGAGCUCGGACAUGAAUAGUGCAAACUACUCCUCCGGACCAACAGGACCCGCCUUACCCCCUCCUCACCCGUCAGUAGCACUUGGGUUUACUAAGAGCACGUUCACGUACGACGAGCUCGCGGCCGCAACAAAUGGUUUCUCUCAAGCAAGGUUGUUAGGCCAAGGAGGGUUUGGUUAUGUGCACAAAGGUGUGCUACCUAAUGGCAAGGAAAUAGCUGUGAAGAGCCUUAAAUCGGGGAGUGGACAAGGAGAAAGAGAGUUCCAAGCUGAAGUGGAGAUUAUUAGUAGGGUACAUCAUCGACAUCUUGUGUCUCUUGUAGGUUAUUGCAUUGCGGGAGGUCAAAGGAUGCUUGUUUAUGAGUUUGUUCCUAAUGGCACCCUUGAGUUUCAUCUUCAUGGGAAAGGUCGACCAGUUAUGGAUUUUCCUAGUAGAAUGAAAAUUGCACUAGGAUCUGCUAAGGGUUUGGCUUACCUUCAUGAAGAUUGCCACCCUCGAAUUAUACAUAGGGAUAUUAAGACUGCAAACAUCUUAAUUGACAAUUGCUUUGAAGCCAAGGUGGCUGAUUUUGGCUUAGCUAAGCUUUCGUCCGCUACAGAUACUCAUGUGUCCACGCGUGUUAUGGGAACAUUUGGGUACUUGGCACCAGAAUAUGCAGCAAGUGGAAAAUUGACAGAAAAAUCUGAUGUUUUUUCAUUUGGUGUCAUGCUCUUGGAAUUGGUCACGGGACGUCGCCCUAUUGAUCCAUCAGCUGAGGAAGAGGACAGCUUAGUAGAUUGGGCUAGACCGCUUAUAGCACGAACCAUGGACGAAGGAGUUUUUAGCGGAUUUGUGGAUCCACGCUUGGAGAGUGAAUUUGAUUCGGAAGAGAUGAUGCGCUUAAUUGCAUGCGCUGGUGCAUCAAUUAGACAUUCUGGUAAAAGGAGAGCAAAAAUGAGCCAGAUUGUAAGAGCAUUAGAAGGGGAUGCAUCGUUGGAUGACUUGAAUGAAACAAAACCCAGAAGUAAUAGCACAUUAUAUAGCUCUGGUAGUGGUAGCUCCGACUAUGAUAGUGCUUCAUACAAGAAUGACAUGAAGAAUUUUAGACGAACAGCAUUUAAUAGCACGGAGUACGCAAGUAGUGAUUAUGGAGCAACUAACGAAUAUGGUUCAAGUGGAGACUUGUCCACAAUGCCUAAGAAAACUAGCCCAGGGCCAGGCCAUUUUGUGUAAAAAAAGAAAAGAUCUGAUACGAAGGGGCUCCCCAAUAAAUUGAAUUGCGGAGGCGAUGAUAUUAACUUCUCUCUUGGCUUCUGAACUAUCUAAAUUGAUGAUGCGUCGGCACGUUUUGGUUUAGUUUUUGAAAAAAUACGCAACUGAGGUGUUUACUUAUGAUUGUUAUUUUAAAGUCUCAAUCAUGUAUAAUGUAGA